AUGGGCUCAAUAUCGACAGCAGCUGAGAUCUCUAAGAUCGGGGUCAUCGGUACUGGUGUGAUGGGGAGCAUGCUCUCGUUGCUCUUCGCUGAGCACGCUGACAUUGACGUCUUCAUUCACGAUCGCUCUGAAAAGAGCAUGCAGCUCACAGCCGAAAAGGCAAAGCAUGCCGGACUGGAGAAAAGGAUACAUGUUUGCAAGGACUACGACACUCUUUGUGGAAGCCUGGGCUCACCCAAGGUCUUCUUCUUCAGCCUACCACACGGCCGCCCCGGAAACGCUGUUGUCGAGACCCUGGAGCCUUACCUACGUGCGGGAGAUAUCCUCAUCGAUGGCUCAAAUGAAGACUUCUUGGUCACCCAAAGGAGACAGGCCGUGCUUCAGCCUCUGGGCGUGGCAUACGUUGGCAUGGGUGUUUCUGGUGGCUUCAGCGGCGCAAGGAAUGGUCCCUCUCUAAUGCCAAGUGGUGAUGAAUGGGCCCUGGAUGCGCUCAUGCCUUUGCUUACCAAGAUCGCUGCGAAGGACGACCAAGACAGACCUUGUGUAACGAAGAUUGGCAGCGGUGGCUCCGGUCACUACGUCAAGAUGGUUCACAACGGCAUUGAGCACGGCGUCAUGUCCGCACUCACAGAAGUCUGGGGUCUCAUGGAUUCGAGCCUCAAGAUGACUGGCCACGAGAUUGCUGAUGUGUUCGAUGGCUGGAACUCUGCAGGAGAGCUGAGAGACAACUUCCUCGUCGCCAUCAGUGGCCCAAUUUGCCGCACCAUGAACGAUACAGGCACCGAUCACCUUGUUCACGACAUCGGCGACGCCGUGGUUCAGGACGCCAACAAUUCGGAGGGAACCGGCGUUUGGGCCAAUCUCAACGCCGUCUUGGAGCACAUCCCCGCCCCGAGCUUAACAUCUGCACAUUAUCUCCGCGUUGCGUCCGCAAACGUCGUGCAGAGACGAGCCAUCAAUCGCACGCUAGGCACUGUCGUUCCAGAAGAGAUUAAUUUGCCCAGCGAACAGAAACCGGUGUUCCUCGAAGACCUCCGUCAAGCUGUGUACACGGCUGUCCUGACUUGCUUCAUCCAAGGUCUGGACCUCCUCUCUUCAAAGUCCGAUCGCGAAGGGUGGGGCAUCAAUCUCGAAGAAGUCUUACGAAUCUGGCGGGCGGGAUGCAUCAUCAAGUCCGACUACAUCACCGAACUGUUCGAGCGCCACUACGCCCAGCAUCCCGGCCAGCAUCCAUUGACGGGCCCCGAAGUCUGUGCGGAGAUCAAGAAGAACUGGCCAUCCUUGAAGCGCACUGUGUUGAAAGCCGUCCAAGUUGACGCCCACGUGCCAGCAUUGUGCUCUUCCCUGGAUUACCUAAAGUACAUCGGUUCGACAGACCUACCAACGAGCUUCCUAGAGGCACAGCUGGAUGCCUUUGGCGCUCAUGGAUAUGAGUUGAAGACCGAGCAGAAUGACGAUAUGUCCAAAGGGAAGCGACAUAGCGAAUGGUCACAGUAG